ACGGUCUUGGAGGUUGGCGGGGCAAUUACUCCCAGUCCCAGGUCCCAUCUCGACCUGCGAACUCCAAAAACCCUACCGAUCGGCCCGCGUACCAUACCCACCAUCUCAGCUCCUUGCUCGCUCUUCUUUCGAUUCCCAUUUUCUUUCUCUAUUUCGAUGCUGAUUGAUCUAGUCUGAAGCUUUAUAUCAAUCUUUAUGUAAUUAAUUUUUGGGUAGGGAGCUUGGAAUUCCUGGGGAUAUUGGCUUCUGGGUUCUUGCUCUCUCUAUUUCGCAUAAGCUUUCUGUGAUCUUUUUGGUGUUUUAAUAGCAAAACCCCUCUCCGACUUGCUAAGUUUUGCAGCGGAAGUGAGCGAUGGAAGUAGUUGCUUCGGCUCCCGGGAAGGUCUUGAUAACUGGGGGGUACCUCAUUCUCGAGAGGCCCAAUGCAGGGAUUGUUCUUAGUACGAAUGCCCGGUUCUAUGCGAUGGUUAAGCCGCUGCUCGAGGAGGUCCAGCCGGAGAGUUGGGCUUGGGCAUGGACAGAUGUGAAAGUAACAUCUCCCCAGCUUUCUAGAGAAACAACCUACAAGUUGUCACUCAAGAACUCAACCCUUCAGUGCAUCUCUUCGAGGGACUCGACAAACCCUUUUGUGGAACAGGCUGUACAAUAUGCUGUAGCAGCUUCUAAAGUGAUAUUCGUUGACAAGGAGAAGAAGGAUGCAUUAAAUAAACUUCUUUUGCUAGGUCUUGAUAUCACAAUCUUAGGUAGCAAUGACUUCUAUUCUUAUAGAAAUCAGAUUGAAGCACGUGGACUGCCUUUAACUCCGGAUGCACUGGCUUCACUUCCACCUUUUUCUUCAAUUAUGUUUAAUUCAGAAGCUUCCAAUGGAACAAUUUCUGGAGAGAGAUGCAAACCUGAGGUUGCAAAAACUGGACUUGGCUCAUCAGCUGCAAUGACAACGUCAGUGGUUGCAGCUCUACUUCACUAUCUUGGAGUUGUUAAUCUUCCAUUUUCAGCAAAAAGUCUUCCCGAAGGGAAUACAAAUAAUUCAGAUCUUGAUUUAGUACAUGUUAUAGCUCAAAGUGCUCAUUGUAUAGCUCAAGGGAAAAUUGGCAGUGGUUUUGAUGUCAGUGCUGCUGUCUAUGGUAGUCAACGCUAUGUCAGAUUUUCUCCUGCAGUUCUUUCUUCUGCUCAGGUUAUUGGAGGGAAGUGUUUGCAAGAAGUAGUCACUGAUAUUCUUCAAGAGAAGUGGGAUCAUCAGAAGUUUCACUUUUCUUUGCCUCCGCUCAUGACCCUUCUACUGGGAGAACCUGGUACUGGAGGUUCAUCUACUCCAUCAAUGGUGGGUUCUGUGAAGCAGUGGCAGAAGUCUGAUCCUCAGAAAUCGCUAGAAACAUGGAAAAAGUUAGCAUAUGCUAAUUCAGUGCUUGAGGCACAACUCAAAAGUUUAAACAAAUUAGCAGAGGAUCACUGGGAUACUUACAGACAUACUUUAGCUGUUUGCAGCGGCUGUGGACAUGAGAGGUGGAUGGAACAAGUUACCGAUCAGCAUCAAGAAUCUAUUGUGAAGUCCCUGUUAGGAGCAAGAGAUGCUUUCCUCGAGAUCAGGUUUCAUAUGCGACAGAUGGGCAAGGCUGCUGGUGUACCGAUAGAGCCAGAAUCACAAACUCAGCUUUUGGAUGCCACUAUGAAUAUGGAAGGAGUUCUAUUAGCAGGAGUCCCUGGAGCAGGUGGUUAUGAUGCAGUUUUUGCUGUUAUAUUGGGAGAAGCCAAUAAUGCUGUAAUCAAAUCUUGGAGCUCAGUCGGUGUUUUGCCCCUGCUUGUUAGAGAAGAUCCUAAAGGUGUGUCACUGGAAAAUGGUGACCCAAGAGCCAAAGAAGUGUCAUCUGCCAUUUCUUCAAUUCAAAUAAAUUAGGUUCGAGACUGUACUGUUAAUUGAGAUUCACAGGCGAUUCUCUCUUAAUUUCUUUUGGCAGCGAUUACCAAAAAUGAUUCAGAUGGAGAAUGUAUUUUUAUACAAUGUACACCUUGGCAGAAUGAAAACCAGCUCAUAAGAGCAUAGAAUAUGUUCUACUGUGUUCCA